UUCAGACAGAAUGAGGUGGGAAACGUUAACGAUAUUUCUUGCCUCGUUUUCAUUUUCUUUGUGUAUAGAUGUGGCUAAACCAGUUGCUCCUGGUUCCUUUAAUAUAGCUGGUGGAGUUGGUUUACCCAUUGCUGGAGCAAUCCUCAACCAGAAUAGAGCGCCUGCGAAGAAUUUCUACAAUAUAACGAGUGGGGAUGAUGUUUUAGCUUUUCUUGCUUCAUCAGGUCCAAUGUUGCUUGAACUGGUGAAGGUUACUAGUACUGGACUCAAAAGUUAUUCACCGAAACUGUACUACAAUAUGUCCGGUGAAACUACAGUGACUGGUUCAAGAAAUGAUGAUACUGUUACCAUCAAGAUUGAAUACAAAGGAGGAUCUAAAUCUACCGAAUUCACUGUUUCGGAGGCAGAGAUUAACAUGGACAUACAGGUCGGAGGAUCAAAAGCUCCGAGGAGUGAUUACUGGCUAGUGACGAAGGCAGGAAUAUCAGUUUCAUUUUCGUUUAAUUCAACUGAUGACAAGCAAACCGUUGAUAUUACUCCUAAAUUUGGAUACACUAAUAGGAAAGCAGACCUGGCCUGUGACGCGAAGCACAGUGUUUGUGCUCCGUUAGCACUAACCUGGACCUGCACUGAUCAAACUUUUAAAAAAGAAAUCUUAACUGACUUAAAAGUUGGCGCAAAUACAGUUAUACUGCACAUACCAGGAAUGAAGUUGCAGCCCUUCAAGACUGGUGCUGCUAAGCCUGCGUUUGGAUACAGAUGGGACUGUGACCCUCUCCUAGUUCUGGUUCUAGUAUUAGAUUAUAUUAUAUCCAGGUUUGGAUACAGAUGGGACUGUAUCUGGUGA